UACAAGGAACCUGUCCCUCUGUGGCUAGGUUUAUAGAACGAGCUGAUAAUGAUGUUUGUCUAAACUCACUUUUAUGAGGACACGACCUCGGAAUACCAGAGCCUGAAGACCGCAAGCGGUUAGCUACAGUGAAAAGGGGAUGCUUCGUCUGAGGUCGGGUCAAAUAAAUAGGACCGCUAAUGACAUCUAUUUUCCACAGCUUUCCAUCUUAGUUACUUUGUUAGCAAGCUAGCUCGCUUAAUGGCUCUGCAGGUGCCAUGGCCGUAGCUGAAGUAGCCUACGGUCAGUCCGGCAGCAAGACCAUUUGCUUGGUCAGUCCAUACAUUGUAGUGGAUUCUUGAUAUACAGACAUAUAUAAACAUAUAGUUUGAUUUCCCUUGGAUUAUAUACAUAUUACCUUUGCAUAAUGGCAUCAGAAUCGGUGAAAGUUGUGGUUAGAUGUCGUCCAAUGAAUGACAGAGAGAAGGCACUGAACUCUAAAAUGAUUGUUUCAAUUGAGACAAGUCUGUGUCAGUGCUUUAUCGAGAAGCCAGGAGCCUCCAGCGAGCCACCUAAGCAGUUCACGUUUGAUGGAACUUAUUUCAUCGACCAAACCACGGAGCAAAUGUACAACGAGAUUGCCUAUCCUUUGGUAGAAGGAGUGACUGAAGGUUAUAAUGGGACUAUAUUUGCUUAUGGCCAAACUGGCAGUGGAAAAUCCUACACCAUGCAGGGGGUAGUGGAACCCUCUUCCCAGAGAGGGGUCAUUCCCAGAGCGUUUGAGCACGUCUUUGAGACAAUCCAGUGUGCGGAAAACACCAAGUUCCUUGUCAGGGCAUCCUACCUGGAGAUCUACAAUGAAGAAAUCCGGGACCUUCUGGGAAAAGACACUAAGCAGAAAAUGGAACUUAAAGAGCACCCAGAGCAUGGUGUGUACGUGCGAGACCUGUCCAUGCACACGGUGCACAGCGUGGCAGAGUGUGAGCGCAUCAUGGCACAGGGCUGGGGUAACCGCUCGGUGGGCUACACCCUCAUGAACAAGGACUCGUCCCGCUCCCACUCAAUCUUCACCAUCCACCUAGAGAUCUGCAACACUGACGAUGCAGGGAAGGACCACCUGCGGGCGGGCAAGCUCAACCUGGUUGACCUGGCGGGCAGUGAGCGUCAGACCAAGACGGGCGCCACAGGAGAUCGCCUCCGCGAGGCCACCAAGAUCAACCUGUCGCUGUCGGCGCUGGGCAACGUCAUCUCGGCACUGGUGGAUGGGCGCUCCAAGCAUGUGCCCUACCGCGACUCCAAGCUGACGCGGCUGCUGCAGGACUCGCUAGGCGGCAACACGCGUACGCUCAUGGUGGCCUGCCUCUCGCCAGCUGGCGACAACUACGAGGAGAGCCUGAGCACACUGCGCUAUGCCAAUCGAGCCAAGAGCAUCCAGAACCGCCCACGCAUCAACGAGGACCCCAAGGACGCCCUGCUGCGCGAGUAUCAGGAGGAGAUCAAGCAGCUGCGGGCACUGCUCUCAGGCCAGCUGGGCACUGCCAACCUGACAUCUUUGUUGGAGAGUCAGAUGUCAGAGAUUGAGGCUAGUCCCCGCUCCAGACCACAGUCUAGCUCUCUAGAGAGUGAGGCGGAGAAGGAGAAGAUCAAGCAGGAUUAUGAGGUGAAGCUGGCCAGGCUGCAGGCCGACUACAACGCGGAGCAGGAGUCCAAGGCCAAGCUGCAGGAGGCCAUGUCUGUGCUGCGGACGUCCUAUGAAACCAAGCUGUCUGGCCUGGUGGGGUCAAGAGCUUCCCGACCCAUUGCCACCAACAUCGGGAGCCAGCACUGUGCAACCCCUUUCAGGGAAGAGGAGGAGAUCCCUGGUCACGCUAUCCCCCAGGAGGCCACCACCGUAGAGAAAGACUUGGCUCCGGCACAGACAGGAGGCCAUGCGGUCAGCACACAGAGAGAACCUGAGCAUGAUGGGUCCUCAGAGCUCAGCCCCACACCCACCCCGACACCACUGGACCAGAGACACGUCCUCAAGAGGCUGCAGCAGCUGGAGCAAGAGUUUGUCGGUGGAGAGCAGUCACGAAACGAGGAGCUGAGGCAGCGGCGGCACCAGAGGAAGACUCUGGCCAACCAGAGGAAGAUGCAGCUAAUCGAGGCCCUCAACCAGAACAGCGAGGAGGGCGACAGCGUGCUGCUCAACGUCUACGACUCCAUCCAGGAGGAGCUGCACGCCAAGAGCAAGGUCCUGGAGAACAAGCAGGAGAAGCUGAAGGCUGCCAAACUGGAGAUCCGUGACCUGCAGUCAGAGUUUGAGCUGGAGCGCGAUGACUACCUGGCCACCAUCCGCCGUCUGGAGCGGGAGGGCCAGCUGCUGCAGGCCAUGCUGGAGCGCAUGGUGCCCCUGGUGCGCCGCGACUGCAACUACAGCAACCUUGAGCGCCUGCGCAAGGAGGCAGUGUGGGACGAGGAGAGCGCCACCUGGAGGCUGCCUGAGGUGCUGGUGCAGAAGACAGCCCUACCUGCAGCAGUGUCUCCCACAGCAGCAGCUCCAGCGGGCCGACUCCCAGGCCAGCGCAACUCCGGGUCAGACCUUGGAGAUCCUCCUUUUAUGGAGGAGGAGGAGGACCGCUAUAAGGAGAUGCUGAACCGCAGUGACAGUGAGAACAUCGCCAGCAACUACUUCAAGUCCAAGAGGGCCAGCCAGCUGCUGGCAGGAGAGCCUGUCAAGGCCAUGGCUCUCCACUCCCCUCCUCUGGGCAACGGCAGCUCUCACCUGACCUCCAGCGGCACCAGCCUGUCCCCCUUAUCCAGCGGCGAGUCCCUCAUGCCCCGGCCCUUCCGCCUGGAGGCACUGGGCAUCCCCCUGUCCAGCGGCAAGGCCAAGAGGAAGAAGAGCAAAGCGCACACACCCUCCCACGGCAUCUGAGGAAAAGAAAUACUGUGAUGGCGAUCAUGGUGAUGAUUAUUAGGAUCAUGACUCCACUCUGAACUUUCAGUAUUGACUUAGUUUGACCCUUGACCUGAUGAAAAGACGCCUUAGAUGAUGAAAUAUCUGUUGCACUGAGGAGACCCUGUUGCACUGAGUAGGGUGUAUACCAUACAGGUCAAUGUAAAAUAGUUUUUCAAAGCUUACCAUACAGUCAGUGCUACAUAUGCCACCCUGCCAUGAAAACAUUCAUUUUGCAGCUGUGUUUGUAGAUCUUUAUUUUGACAACUAUGAUAUAACUAAAGAUAAGAGUACCUUUAACUACCUGUGAUGUCCCCCAGCACUACCUUACAUAGCAUUCUGUUUUAGCACUUAGUUUUCAUCACAAAUGUUCCUGUCAAUAUUAUGUAAUGUUAUAUUUACAUUUCAUGUCUGCUCAGUGUAAUAGCCAUAAUAAAUUAUUUAAACUGCCUUUUUUUGUAUAUGUUUAAUUCUGUUUUAAUCAGUUAACAUACUCUGGCCCUAAUUAGACAUGUAUACAUCUAGCCUUAAACACCUUAGUGUUUU